GCGCAGCCGCUCUAAAAGAAACAAUUUUUAGUGAGAGCAUUGAUGUCGAGAACAAAGAUACACAAACCUUCUCUCUCUUGCUCAUUUUGCCUCUUUGAUGUGGCAUCCUGCUUCCCUAAGAUAUCGUGUUCGUGUCGAAGAAGGUACGCUUGCAGACUCCCUCAGAGCAGCAUGUGCUCGAGAAGACGGUUUCAUUAUUAUAUAUCCGUCCAAACGAUGGCUCCAGUAUUCCCAUCAUUCGCCGGCUAUAAUCGAGGCAAGCGAGGGUCUCAGUCUGGGGGCCUCAAAUGUUGUCUAGGAUGGUACGAAUGUGGGCGAUCACGGCCUUCGAAGACAACUCAACCAGGCGUUCCAGCGGCUUAAUGGAGACAGACUACCAAGUCACAGGGUUCCGAUGUUCG